UUACUCUCAUAGGCGCCGAAACAUCAGAACACUUAUCGUCUGGAAGCUUAUAAUCCGUUCAAAGUAGAUCCAGUGGAUAAGAUUGUGCAGAUGUUAAUAAUAGCUAAGCUUGAAGAUAUCUCUUAUGACGCUGUGGAAGGUCCUAAGAUUUGCGAAUCGGUUGCCACAGAUAUCAGGGAAAGGAUUAAAAAGUUAAAUUUUGAUAGGUACAGAAUCGUAGUGAAUGUUACCAUCGUAGAGAAAGCAAGUCAAAGCAUAUGUACAUCUAUGGGAUUCUUAUGGGAUGCUGAAAGAGAUAAUUAUUCCACAUUUACAUACGAAGCUCGAACGUUUCAUGCCUAUUGCUGUGUAUUCGGCCUUUAUUACGAAUAA